UUACUGUCUUGUCUCCUGUCUUCAUGAUUGGUCAAUGCAUAAAAUCCGGUAAGGGGUAGCAAUCUAUCAUCAAGGAUGGCCGCGGGUUUUUCAGAAACCGGUGCGCAGCUUUUUGCUCGCCUGGGUGCCAAACCCUCUCUGGAGGCCCUUGACCCCCUGCUGUUUCCACCUUCUCGCGCCCUUCACCCCGGCGACGCGGUUGAGCUCUACGGGCCCAGCGGAUGCGGGAAGACGGAGCUGCUCCUCCAUCUCAUCAGCAACUGCAUCCUCCCCGAGACCUGGAGAGGGGCGGAGCUUGGCGGCCUGGGGGUGGGCGUGAUCCUGGUGGAUGCUGAUUUCCAGUUCUCCAUGCUACGGCUGUUUCAGGUUCUCGAGAGGAGGAUAGUGGAUGAGGUGGACAGGACGAAAGAAAGGAGUGAGCGUUUGAAGGAGCACCUGGCUAAACGCAAGGAUGCAUCAAAUCCCAGCCUGAGCACCAACUCAAAAACCGAAAAUGUGCAAUCUGGAUCAGACACAUGUGAAAUGUGCAAGAAAUUGAAUGGCAGGAUGAAUGCGAAUGGUGCUGCAGGUCAGCAAGCUACUAGCAAAGAGCCUCGUUUCUGUGAUGAUCACCGAACGAGUAAACAAACUGGCAAGAAGAGGACAAGAACUGGUGAAAUCAUUUUGUGCAAUGGUGACGAGUGUAAUAAUUCUAGGACUAACGAGCAGCUUGAUAGUAGUAUUGUCAAAGAAGAUGAGACCCUGUUUGAGGAGCCAACGGCUGACCAGAUCGAGGCGUUCAUCAGAACUUGCCUGAACCGGUUCUAUCUGGUUCGAGCCGGUGCGAGCAGCGACCAGCUCAUUAUUACUUUGCAUUCGCUGGAAUCUCUCAUUGCCAACCGGCCUGAUGUGAGUGUUUUGAUGCUGGAGAACGUCGCGGCUUUCUAUUGGAUAGAUAGGAUGAAUGGGGGCGUGGCCUCAGCCCAGGAGGCCAAUCAGAGGAGAGUGGUGGGCGUCAUCAAGCGCCUAAUUGGUGAAUACCAGCUGGUGCUAGUGGCGACCAAGCCGGCCCUCAUCCAGCGCAACCGACGGAACAACUUUUGGAAUGAAGAUCCGACCACACCAACUACACGUUCAAAUACAUCUCAUUCGGAUUAUGAGCAUCACGAGUUCAUGUGCAGUGCCUGGAAUAAGCUAAUCACCCAUCGGUUUGUCAUGAGGAGACACGAACAUGUAGUUCAUGCAAAGAAUCUAGUUACAACUCAAUCGUACUACACAGCACUUCGAACUCUCCCAACUCCGGAUCAUCUCUGCAGAUUUGCCAUUUCAAAUAAGGGCGUUGUUUACCAGUGAAACGUGGUACCAGCAUCCAUGUCUGGCUAGUCUUUCCAUAAAAUGUGACAAAAUUUUAACUAUUCAGCAUCAGAUGAAUUGCAAAAAUCCAAAGAAUUCAGUACUUUCAGAAUUCAGAACUAUAUCAGUCUCGGUCAUGAUUUGUGGGGUAUCCAAAUCAGGUGUAAAACAUCCAUUAUUCCAAACUCCCUAGGGUGAUUUACUAGGAACCUUCCUCAUCCUUGCAAAUCCCAACACUAUAUGGUAAACUGUGCACAUAAACAGUUUGACUCUGUUUAUUUGUGGUAUGUCUAAUCCCACGUAAAACACAGUCAGUUUACUAGUGCAGUACUAAUCCUAACAGAUUCCAACAAACCCUGGUGUUGGAGUUUGGCUGGAUGGGGAUCGUUAGGAUUAUAGAACAAUCCAAUAUUAUGAGAAGUUGAGCAGAUUUUUCGGGAGAGUUUUUACACUGUAAUGUUGGUUAGCAUCCCAAAACAAGUUAAACAACUGGACUUAUUUUAAAUCUAGAAUACCAAAAAAAAAAUUUCAAGCCAAACUCCUCGACUGCUUUUCAAAUUGGACAGAACUGUUAACAUGCAUCACAUUAAAUUAGUUGCUUCAACAAAAUAGAGAUUUUAUUGGAUCCAUACAAAUGUAUUUACAUAUAAUUACAACUUUUGUACAUUUUAUCAAACCUUUGCAUGAUAUAUGACAUGUACAUGGCUUGAUUUCAUCAAGAUGUUUAAACUGUUUAACAUUUUUACUUCAUACAUGUAUUUGUGAAAUAAAUAUUCAAAAUUACAUUGACUAUCUCCACAAACGAAGCAUCUGCCAAUGUAAUUUUAACCCAUAUGUAUGCGCAACUUACAUAAUAAAUUGUGGUGCAAGUGGACUUACGCCGUGAAAUCAAUGUGAAAUCGACUGCUGGUUUUUUAAUGCAUGCACAAAACAUACACAAACAUAUUCAAAGCCUUUGUCGAGAGAAGGUGAACACAAUAAAAUACAAUACCAAAAGUGUAAGCAACUUCAAAUAA